AUCACAACGAGAAAAAACUUUGAAAUCCAAAAAAAAAAAAAAAAACGAGAAAUUUGAAUUUAUUGGGAAACAAAAAGAAGAAGAUCUGGAAGUUUCUAUGAACAGUAAUGGAGAAUCGAGACGGCGGGAAAUUGGAACGGAAGAAGACGAUGACGAUGAAUUGGGCGGGAUUAGGCGAGGUUGAAGACGACGACGAUCAUUUUUUCGAUAGCUCUAAUCGUAUCUCCACCGUCGUGCCUUUGGAUUUAGCAUCAUCUUCAGAUGAGGAAGAAGGUGAGUUUGAUGAUUGCCGGAUCUCGUUUUCUUCUAAUGUUUCGUCCUCCUCUCGCGCUGCUCCUGCGCCGGAUAUGUCGCCGGAUUAUGAUAUUUGGAUGUCGGCGCCGGGAUCUAUCACGGAGCGUCGUCGUCGGCUUCUUAAUGGAAUGGGACUUGAAUCUAAGAAGAGUAUGCUUGGAGCUAUUUCGAUCCAACGCGUGAGUGAACCUGUGGCGGCGGCGGGUGUGUGCUCAGGUUCUCGCGUUGCGGAAGCGAAGGUGGAGGAGUCAGUUCACAAUUCUCCGGUGAAUCAACGAGUUCAUCGAUCUCCGUCGAUGUCGGUAAUGCUUGUACGGUCUAGAUCUGAUUCUGAUAUCGAAGCGUCUUCUGCUGAGAAAAAGAGGAAGGAAGAGAUGUUAGGGAAAACGUCGAAAUCGCGAUUAACUAGAACCGCGUCUGCGAUUGGAGCUCCGUGUGCGAGGAUUUGUCCAUACUUCACCCAAACGCAAGCCUCGCCGCCGGACGCACCAAACGGUCAUCAGUCUCAAGGCCAACGUAGUGGUGCGUUGCUCUCUUCGGUAGUUUCGAAUACUCGUUUUAGUGCUUUUUUCUUGAUUAAGAAUCUUGACACUGGGAAAGAGUUCAUUGUGAAGGAGUAUGGUGAGAAUGGAAUGUGGAAUCGGCUUAGUGAUUUGCAGACUGGUAAGCAAUUGACAAUGGAAGAAUUUGAGAAAAGUGUUGGAUAUUCAUCUGUUGUUAAGGAUCUUAUGAGACGAGAGAACGCGAAUUCGACGAUGGAUUUUAGGAAAUUCAAUUCGUAUGUGUCAAAGAGUUUGAGAGUAAGUAAGAAGAGAGGAGCUGCUUUGUUAAAGAACAUAAAGGACGUUGCUCAUUCUAUGAGCUCUUCUAAGGUUUCAGAGAAAGAGAAGGAUUCAACUGGUAGUGGUACAAGUAGUCCAAAAGUAGCGGAGAAGAACAAUGAGCAGGCGAAUCAAUGGGUGAAAGUGAGACAUUCAGGGAAGUCUCAUAAAGAUUUAAGUGCUUUGCAUAUGUGUCAAGAGAUUCAAGCUCAUCAAGGAGGUAUUUGGACUAUGAAAUUUAGUCCAGAUUCACAUUUAUUAGCAAGUGCAGGGGAGGAUUGUGCAAUCCAUGUGUGGGAGGUUCAAGAAUGUGAAAUCAUGUCAAUGAAUGAAGGGAGCUUGACACCUAUUCAUCCUUCAAUGUCUGGUUCCGCAGAUAAAUCGUCUACUGAAGGUGAUGCUGCAGAAGUGUCACAGGAUAAGAAGAAAAAAGGAAAAACUUCAACGAGUAAAAAAGGAAACCAGAUACCAGAUUAUGUCCACGCGCCUGAAACUGUGUUCUCAUUGUCAGAUAAACCAGUUUGCUCUUUCACUGGUCACUUGGAUGAUGUUCUGGACUUAUCCUGGUCUCGGUCACAGCUAUUACUCUCAUCUUCCAUGGACAAAACUGUGCGGUUGUGGGAUAUUGAAACUCAAAGUUGUCUAAAACUAUUUGCUCACAAUGACUAUGUGACUUGUGUACAAUUCAAUCCAUUGGAUGAAGAUUACUUCAUUAGUGGCUCCCUUGAUGCCAAGAUCCGUAUAUGGAACAUAUCAAACCGUCAAGUAGUUGAGUGGAAUGAUUUAAAGGAAAUGGUUACCGCGGUUUGUUAUACUCCCGAUGGUCAGGCUGCAUUUGUUGGUUCAAUUAAUGGGAAUUGCCGGCUUUACAGUGCAGAGGAUUGCAAGUUGGAACAAACAAACCAGAUAGAUCUGCAAAACAAAAAGAAAGCUCAAGCUAAAAAGAUCACAGCCUUCCAGUUUUCGCCAAUUAAUCCAGCAGAAGUGCUUGUAACUUCUGCUGAUUCACGCAUUCGGAUUCUUGACGGUACUGAACUUGUUCAAAAAUUCAGAGGCUUCAAAAACAUUAACAGUCAAAUGACAGCAUCUUACACAGUAGAUGCUAAGCACAUUGUGUGUGCAAGCGAAGACUCACAGGUUUACGUGUGGAAACACGAGGAGCCACGACUAGGAAUCACCGGUAGAAAAACCGUCACCAUGUGUACUUCUUACGAAACCUUCCCGUGCAAAGAUGUUUCCGUGGCAAUCCCGUGGAACGGCGUUGUAAAAGGUGAACCACCAUCCACACAAACCCAGUCAAAAAGAAACCCGAAAAAAAAUUCAACUACCACUACAACUACCCCGGAAAACGCGACCACGAGUAAAAAAUCAGGCCUCCCACCGUUACCUAAGAAAAACAAUGACGGCACCGCAGAUGGAGCAACAGAACAACAUCAAGAAGAUGAUCCCGCAACGCAGAUUCCGCAAAACGAAGCAGAGAACAACACAGGAGAGUCAUUAAAGCAUGGGGAUUCACCUUCUAUAUCAAUCUCCUCUAGGAUUUCUUCUUGGUCUUGGUUUGAUAGUAGUGGCAGUCAUGGAACACAUUCAGUUCAGCCAACAGCUUGGGGAAUGGUGAUCGUUACAGCCACGAUCAAGGGCCAAAUCCGAGCUUACCAAAAUUUUGGAUUGCCCCGCAGGGUUGGUCGUCAAGGCUCUCUGUUUUGACACAACCGCGCUCAAUUAUUGUACAUAUAUACGGUGUAUUAUGUAUAGUUCUCAUGUAUUCAUGCAUAGUCAUACUGUGUUUAAUUUGUAUACUGUAUAGUCACAAAACAAGAAGGGACUUGAAUCUCUAUAUUAUGAUGCGAGAGCCACUUUACCGU